AUGGAGCUUGCAAAGUACUUUGCAAUGGAAGACGACAACAGAAUAUACAUCGAAAAGUCGUUUAAGGGAACACAGGAAGAGUAUCUUAAAGCCCUUGAAGAUUCUAAAACAAUAUAUGUAAGCAAUAUUGAUGAGAAUAUCAAAGAAGAGAGACUUUGGAUGCUUUUUUCAAUGGUUGGAGAAGUUAAACGGGUCAUAAUGGGCAUUAAUCGAGGUCUUUUGACGUUUUGUGGGUUUUGCUUUGUUGAGUUUGAAAGAAAAGAAGAUGCUGACAAUGCAAUUAUUUUCUUCAAAGAUUUUUGCCUUGAUGGUAAAUUUCUAAAGGUCGACAAGGACAUGGGAUUUGCUGAAAAUAGACAGUACGGAAGAGGAGUAUUUGGCGGGACAGUGAGAAGCGAUAACAAAAGAAGGAGGUACAGUUGA